AUGUUGGCACCGGAGAGCACAGAAAAGUUUCUUAAACAAAUUUUUAUUGGAAGUCUAUUUUUCAGUCACCGAUUUUUUAGGAAAUCUUCUUCGGCCUCCACUCGGUCGACAAAUAUUUUUAUAUUUUUCAAAAUCUUGCUUACUCCGUCAAAGUUGUCUAGAUCCGCCAUUACAUUUAAUGAUCAGUUCAUUUCUAAUUAUGGAUUUGUUCAGAAAAUGAACGUUCUUGCACUGCACAUGCUUCAAUACAACAUCGGCACGUCGCUAACUGCAAAAGUUUUUCCAGUCCCAGUGGCAAGUUUAGUAGUCAUUACAACAUGUUUUAGAGGGGUGCACUCAGAUUAUAUAGAGGCAAGGAGAAAAGAUGACAAAGACGAAGAAGAAGAUAAUCAAAAUGAUAAUGAUAAAGAUGAUGUUAAAGAAGAUGAAAAUAAGGAACGCGAUGACGAAGGAGAAGAUGACGAUGAUAAAAAUGAUAGUUAUUGUAAAGAAUAUGAUGAUGACGAACAAACAGAUGACGAUGCCAAUAAACAAUGA